AUGUCCGCAGAGAAAGGUGUCCAAGAGCAUCUCCUGAACCGCGGGGUUUUUGUAUUGAGUUUUGACUGCUUUCAUGUCGACCCGGGGACUGUGCCGUCGGCAGACUUAAUUCACAAGAAAACUAUUCUUCCCCAGACAUACUUCCAAACGGGCCACAGAUACUGGAACCGGAAAACAAGGGCAGCUCACAGCCUUAUUCUGAUUUUAAUAUUCCAGCUUCGGGCGAUAACCUGUUCCAGCAUCGUGUACUGGAUACGUCUGGAAAGCCUGCGCGGAGAAGAAAAAAAGGAGUCCCGAUACCCGUCACUAAAGUUCAUUUGCGGCGUUACGCCUCAACCCAUACAAGACGCCAUUGGAGGGGCUUUCCCGGUGCCCGCAAUGACGACCUACAAUCAUGAUCGGACCAGUGGUGCACCAUUCCAGCUCAAUUUAACUUCUUCGAACCAAGACCCCGAGAAAGUUCAUGACGAUGCCGGUUCACCAAAGCCGCGAGGACGUUCACCGCCAGGUUCAUUUCCUUUUCACAUGAAAAACCCAGGACCUGCAUCACCAGCAUCAUCCACUACAGGACCUGGUAGUGACUUCGGACCACUUUCUCCAGAUGUCGCAGACCUAGUAUACCCUAUUAAAUCAGUUGUCAACGUAUCGCACCCGGUACAACCCAGGCCCACAUCUCCGAGUAACUUCUGGGGUUCAAACGAUAGCACAACGGGAUCCGUUGGUGGUGGAGUGCUACUGGGAGACGAGGCAUCCCUUGGCCAUGGCAUGAAUAGCAGGAGUCAUUCAAAGUCUCCCCGUGGGUUUUCGAUGUAUAGACGACCCUCAGUCGUCUCGACCAAGGAUCUAAAUGAUGGAGAAUCAGAUAGAAAGCGUUCCAUGGGGUCUAUAGCACAUAACUUGGCUGUGAAUGGUGAGGAGGACGAGGAUGAUGAUGAUUACGAAGAGCCGAGGAGUGGCGGGAUGUUUUUUGGUAGUAGAGGAAAUCGAUUAUCAGAGAAUAUCGAGGAAGAGACCUUUAUCACUGCUAGAUUCAAGCACAAAAUGACAAAAGAUGGCCAUGCAGUUGUUACUGGGGUUUCUGGGGCUGAGACUUUGCAACGAUGUGAGGAUGAGCCUAUUCAUAUUCCCGGAGCCGUCCAGGGAUUUGGCACACUGGUAGCACUACGGGAGGAUGCCAGUGGCGCACUAGAUGUUAAGAUCGCCAGUGAGAACUCCAAGCUGUUAAUCGGGUACUCACCGGCAGAGUUAUUCGCACUCAGCGAUUUUUGCAAUAUCCUGUCCGAGGAACAGGCGGAAAAUCUAUAUGAACAUUUAGACUUUAUUCGGGACGACUCUUCUGAUUUGCUAAACUCGGGACCAGAGGUCUUCCCACUGGUCAUCACAGCACCUGACUCGACAAGAAUAAAAAUCUGGUGUGCAAUCCACAUAACAGACGCUAACCCGGAUUUGAUAGUAUGCGAGUUUGAGCUUGAGGAUGACCAGCUGUUUCCUUUAUUUAACCCGGCAGAUGAAGUGUUCAAUACACCGGAGGACACGUUGGGUUCAAAUCCAUCGGAGGAGGAUUUUUUGGAAAGUACGUUGUGCAUGAGCAGACCACUUCGGGUAUUACGUCGUGCCAGAAAACGGAGAGGUCAAGCUGCAACGAUGGAGGUUUUCAACCUUAUGAGCCAAAUACAGGAUCAACUAUCCUCGGCUACAACUCUUGAUGCGUUCUUGAAGAUUUCUGUGGGUGUUGUGAAGGAACUUACAGGUUUCCAUCGUGUAAUGAUCUAUCAGUUCGACGAAAACUGGAAUGGGCGGGUAGUUACUGAACUUGUUGACCCAAGAGCCACAAAGGACCUUUACAAGGGCCUGAAUUUCCCAGCUUCAGAUAUCCCAAAGCAAGCCCGCGAUCUUUACAGAAUCAACAAAGUACGUCUCUUGUAUGACAGGGACCAAGAGACCGCAAGGCUUGUGUGCAAAAGUAAGGAGUUUCUGGAUAAGCCCUUGGACAUGACACAUUCCUAUCUCCGAGCUAUGAGCCCGAUACAUUUGAAGUACUUAAAAAAUAUGUCUGUACGAGCAAGGGAUGAGAUUCCGACAGAGCAAAACCCUGGGGGAUAUAUUGUUGCAAGUUCUGACGACCUACUGAAACUGUUUGACGUUGAUUUUGGGCUGCUAUCGAUAAGAGAGGAGACUAAAGUUCUUGGUACUUUACAGCAUUCUCAAGAAGCGUUGGCUUUAGUGGAGUACCUACGCAUACGUCUCUUUACGUCUAUUGUCACUUCCCAAGAUCUCUCUGUGGAUUUUCCAGACCUCGACUAUGCACCAGGGUUCUCUGAAAUUGCCGGGCUGCUAUUAGUACCUUUGAGCAUUGGUGGACAUGACUUUAUUGUAUUUUUUCGGAAAGGACAAUUAAGGCAAGUAAAUUGGGCUGGAAAUCCGUACGAAAAGAACUUGAGAGAGGGUACCCAAGGGUACUUGGAGCCAAGACAAAGCUUUAGGAUUUGGAGCGAAACAGUUGUAGGGAAAAGCAGGGAGUGGACAGAAGAGCAAGUCGAAACGGCGGCCGUUCUAUGCUUGGUCUAUGGGAAGUUUAUCGAGGUUUGGCGACAGAAAGAAGCCGCUUUACAAAAGAGUCAAUUGACAAAACUAUUACUUGCCAACGCAUCUCAUGAAGUCCGAACUCCUCUGAAUGCCAUAAUCAAUUAUCUUGAGAUUGCUCUUGAGAGCCCCCUCGACCACGAAACUAGAGACAACCUGAUGAGAUCACACACUGCUUCAAAAUCUUUGAUCUAUGUUAUCAAUGAUCUUUUGGACCUCACACGAACAGAGGAGGGACAGGAUCUAGUAAUGGAUGAGAUUUUCGAUCUUUGCAACACGGUCAACGAGGCGACUUCAAUCUUUAGAUCGGAUAUCGAGCGAAAAAAGAUUAGUCUAGACAUUAUCGAAUAUCCCGGCUUACCAAAGUUCGUUAAAGGAGAUCAAUCACGGUUACGCCAGGCUCUUUCCAACAUCACUGGAAACGCGAUUCAGUACACCGAUCAAGGUGGGGUCAAAAUUGAGAUUUGGAUGCCUAGCUCAGACAAUGAUCGAUGCCAAAUCGAAAUUGCUAUUCAAGAUACUGGGGCUGGGAUGUCGGCCAAAAAGCUUGAUUUGCUUUUCCGAGAGUUUGAGCAGGUACAGACAGAGGAGGAUCAGGAGUCAAGUGCCCCUACUGGUAUCGAGGGCGUGCCUAAUAAACCUCGUGUUGACCAAACUCUGGACGGGCUUUCAAAGAUUCCGGGGCAGAAGAUGUUGGGGCUUGGAUUAGCGGUAGUUGCCAGAACAAUUAGGAAUAUGAAUGGACAGCUGAGACUAAAAUCUGAGGAGGGAAAAGGCUCCCGUUUCACGAUAAGCCUCCCAUUCACACUCCCCUCCGAGAAGGAGGGGGUUGAAUCGGGUUCUCAACCAAUGUCUAUUAGAGAUCCAUCGCCGCGGCCUCAAUGUGCAACACCCCCGUUGUUAGAUCAGGACUCAAAUGAGUUAUUGUUGAUAGAUUCAUCACCUCAAAAACAAUCCUCUGCGAGUAUGGAAAGAAAAAACAGCACGGGCAGCAUGAAAAGUUUGGGCUCCCAGAGUAGUGGGCGCAGUGAGAUUGAGAGGCUGGUUCACGCAAUAUCGGCCCCACCCUUUAACACAAGUCCAAACGAAACCCCUAUUUCAUAUCGGCCAUCGACGGCUAGAUCUCUACCAUCAUCAAAACCAGUUACCGCAAGGCCGAAGUGCCCACCAGGCCCAUCCUCACCAGGAGCACCAAACCUCCCAAGCAUAUCACUACAAUCUCAACCCGGUCAAGAGGCCGUGGAGGGGUCGGCAGUACCAAUAAGAGCGGUGCGGAUACCAGAUAAAGUCCCAUUAGUCCCUGGCAGCGAUUCUGCUCUCGAUAAACCAGUGGUCCAGUCAUCUGUACAAAUCUUGAAGAAAAAGAAGCCCGUGAAAGAUGGUCUAGUGAAGGACGGUCUAGUGAAGGGCAGUUCGGCGAAGGACAGUCCAGUGAAAGACGGCCCAGUGAAAGAUGGCCCGGUGAAAGAUGGCCCGGUGAAAGACGGUCCAGUGAAAGACGGUCCAGUGAAGUUCAAGGUUCUAAUUGCGGAGGACGACCCUAUAAACAGCAAAAUCAUCAGAAAGCGCAUGGAAAAGCUUGGACACGAAGUUUGCCUUACAGUUAAUGGAGCCGAAUGUGCGGAUACAUUCACUAAAACGGGAGAAGACUAUAAUAUUGUCUUGAUGGAUAUGCAGAUGCCCAUCAUGGAUGGAGGAACUUCCACUACUCGAAUACGUUCCCACGAAGUAUCAGAUCCAACGCGCGGUAUCCCGCAAAAGCAUCUGCUCAACGGUCGUGUUCCGAUAUUUGCAGUUUCUGCCUCGCUGGUCGAGGAGAGACGCAAGGAAUAUAUGGAGCUCGGGUUUGAUGGAUGGAUAUUAAAGCCUGUGGACUUCAAGCGACUGCAGACUUUGAUGGAAGGAAUCCUGGACUCAGAUGCGAGGCGAAGUUCUGCAUAUCAACCGGGGGCAUGGGAGCGUGGAGGUUGGUUUUUGGGAUCACCAGAAGAAGCGGAGAGCUCAACUCCCCGGUCGGAAGAUGCUACACCCUUAUAA